UGCAACUUCGCCUGUAAGUUCCAGGCAAAUUUACCAUAUUGGCCCCCACACGCAACACCUUGUCUCUCAUCAAGCCCCUAUAUAAACCCGUCGCCCCGAGCUUGUGACCACCAAACCCAUUCUUCUCUCUCUAACUCCCAAACCCAACUUUCUCUCGCUAAACUCCCGGUGUACCCCCAUUGUCUUCCUCAUCUCACUUUCUCUUUGAAACUUCCAUAUUGUGGCCAAAAAAAAAUGGAAAUUCUCGGCAAAAACCAGGCGAAUCAUGCACCUCUAACGCCUGUUUCGUUCUUAGAGAGGGCGGGGGCGGUUUAUUCUAAGAGGAUUUCGAUCGUCUAUGGGAGGGUCAGGUACACGUGGGAGCAAACCAGAGAGCGAUGCCGUCGCCUUGCAUCAUCCCUGCGACACUUCAACAUAGAGAAGAACGAUGUUGUAUCUGUGCUGGCCCCAAACAUUCCGGCCAUGUAUGAGCUACAUUUUUCUGUACCCAUGGCUGGAGCCGUUUUGAACACGAUCAACAUUCGCCUUGACGCCAAUACGGUGGCCACCAUACUUCGCCUCUCCGGUGCCAAGCUUCUCUUUGUUGAUUAUCAGUUUUUUGCCCUGGCACAAGCUGCCCUGAACCUCCUCUGUGGUGAUUCAUCUGGCUCCCACUCUGCUUACCCCCUUACUGUGAUCUUCAUUGAUGAUGCGGACCAACCGUCUACGAUGCGUCCCCAACAUGUGGAGUACGAGCAAUUGGUUGAGGCCGGGGAUCCGACUUACAUGCCCCCACCAGUUGCUGAUGAGUGGGAUCCGAUUUCGCUGAACUACACAUCAGGGACCACCUCGGCACCGAAGGGUGUGGUGUACAGUCACAGAGGGGCCUAUCUUAGUACCCUUAGUCUUCUCCUCCAGUGGGAGGUUGGCAAUGAGGCUGUGUAUCUAUGGAGUCUGCCAAUGUUCCACUGCAAUGGUUGGACCUUCACCUGGGGGAUUGCCGCACGCGGUGGCACAAACGUCUGUAUGCGCAACACUACCGCUCCGGAUAUAUACCGUGCCAUCUCCGAGCAUGGGGUGACGCACAUGUGUGCUGCUCCGAUUAUCUUCAAUCUCUUGCUGAACCCUGCCGAUGAGCACAGGCUCAAGAAACCAGUCAGGAUCUUGACCGGCGGUGCUCCCCCGCCUGCUUCGUUGCUCGAUCAGAUUGAGCGGCUGGGGUUCCAUAUCACCCAUGCGUAUGGCAUGACGGAGGCCACGGGCCCGGCACUAGUCUGUGAAUGGCUCUCGGAAUGGGACCGACUGCCAAGUAAGGAGCGUUCACAGAUAAAGGCUAGACAAGGGAUCAGUGUCCUGAGCCUCGCAGAUGCGGAUGUCGUGAACCCUGAGACGAUGCAGAGUGUGCGGCACGACGGGCACACCAUGGGUGAAAUCAUCUUGCGUGGAAGCAGUGUCAUGAAGGGGUACUUCAAGGACCCCAAAGCCACCACUGAGGCCUUCAAGGGAGGAUGGUUCCACACGGGUGACAUGGCUGUCAUCCACCCUGAUGGCUAUGUGGAGAUCAAGGACAGGCUCAAGGAUGUGAUCAUCUCCGGAGGCGAGAACAUCAGCAGUGUCGAGGUGGAGUCCGUGCUCUAUCGGCAUCCCAAAAUAGCCGAGGUCGCCGUCGUGGCGAUGCCAAAUCAUCACUGGGGGGAAUCCCCUUGUGCUUUUGUUAGCCUGAAAAAGGGCUCCAAAGAUCUCUCAGAGGAAGAACUCAUUUCAUUUUGCAGGACCAAGAUGGCAGGUUACAAGCUCCCAAAGAAGGUGGUGUUUUUGGGGGAGUUGCCAAAGACUGGGACUGGGAAGAUACGAAAAUUUCAGCUUAGGGAAUGGGCCAAAGAUUUUGCCACACACAAUCCGUCCCACCCGAAUUUGAAGAGAACCCCUUCUCUCAACAACCAGCCAUCUUCCAGUGUGAAGGAUCACCAAUAUGUGGACCACCAAGUAAUGGCAAGGUCUCGCCUUUAAGUUAAUAAUUUUGUAUUCAUUACACUCAACUUAGUGAACUUAUCCACCGUUUUGGCCUUUGUCAAAGAGAUGGAAUAUGUAAGUAACUUCAAAGGAAGAUUUUGCAUC